AUUUUUGAAUACAUAAAAUCUUGGUAUUAUGCCAUCAUUUUACUGUUUCUCAUUACUUUUAGAGAAAUAGCAAUUAUAAUAUAAACAAUCGGUUAUUGAUUUGAUACUAAAUUUUUUUCUUUAUAUCUCCUCUUCUAAAUAAAAAAAGUUUUGGUUAAAAUCCGUGAAGUGCGUUUUUGGUUGCAUUGUUAUUACGCGGUGUAUUAAAAGCCCACAGAACAUAUAUAAUAAUUGUUAAAAUUGUUGACCGCUUCCCGCGAUGUCGAUUGGCUGCGAUUGAGAUCGCGCGCGCGCGACAGCCGACAGCUCGCGUUUUGACGAGCGGUGAACGGUGAGGUUAAGUGCGUGGUGGCCGUUGGUGAGGUUGUGUGUGUAGUGUGUUCAACCGCUUGAGGUAAAGAGCCUGGUUGUUCCACCUUUUGGUGGAACAACCGGGCCAAAGUCAAACCUGCAAAACGUAGAACAACUGCGGGCCAAGGUCUGCAAAAGGUGGCAAAAGGUUCGAUCACAAACAAAUGCCUCUGCCAAUCAGUGAGAAAUAUUAUCAAAUUAUGCAAAGUAAUGCAGAUAAGUUGAAUUCUGCAAUAAUAUAUGAUAGAGAUUUUAAUUAUAGUUAUGUUAAUCUUUAAAAUGAUGGAAAGAAUGAUCACUUGUUAAAAGUGAAUGGAAAAAUUGUUGAGAGAGCACAUGUUAAUGCAAGUUGCUGUAGAUAUUCACAGCAAAGAUUAAGAUUAUUGAAACAUAUAUUUUAUGUCGAUGCAAUAUUUCGUACAUGCUAUACAGACAAUAAAUACUGCAUAUGCCGUUACACAUCAAAUAGCUAGUUUAUUUUUAUUGACAAAAAAUGUUCGGUGACAGCAUUGAUGCAAUAUUGAAUACAUAGGAAUGAUUUGCUAUUCUCUAUCAUCAUGAUGGCGAAGUAGGUUUCGUGCAUUGAAUUCGGGCAAAGAUAUGCCUAUAAGAGGCACAGAGAGUGUGUCGGAUGGAUUGGUACCUAUGUUAAAAGUGUAUAAUACAGCUAUUGAGACUGUCUCCAAAAUAGGUAAAAAUGAAGGAUCGAUUACUGUAUAUUUAUGCUGAUAUCUUUGAAUUCUUGGAUCUCAAAAGAAGUGCGAGGAGCAGUUUUGAGAACAUAUGUUAUAGGUUGUGGACUCCACAUUUCAAUGAAGUUUUCAUCAUGAAACGCGUUUGUGAUGAUGUAUCUAACCUAAUUUGUCCGCAUGAGUGCCCUGUAUUAAUUGAAACUUGGGGUGAUGAAUUUGAAGCUUUGUGUACCAGAUAUAAAAAAAAGGAUAGGUUCUCGAAGACAAGUUAAAGCCAAGGAAUUGAUGAGGUUUCUCAUCAUUCAAAUACAAUUUGAAACAGGAGUACCAUAUAUGCAGUUUUUAAAGUUGUAAUCGCAAAUUAAAUUGUCAGAAUCUGGGUACAAUUGAAUACAAUAGUUUCUCUACUGAAGAACUUCCAAUGAAGUUGUCAUGUGUAACAUAUGGCUUCAAUCGCUGUCAACAUGUUUAUGAAUUCUACUUUCUAAAGUUCUCAUAAAAAACUUUCAAUUUUUAUAAACUUAACAAAGUAGCGAAAAUUGUUACCUACAAUUGGGAUAAAAUGAUUGGUAUUAAUUUUUAUUUUCUGCCAGAGGUGAAAUUGUUAUGUGAUACACACAGGUCUAUCGGUAUUAUUGUACAAGGAUUAGCAGAUGCAUUGAUUUCAAUGAGAUACUCAUUUGAAAGUAACAAAGCUAAGGAACUCAACGUCCAUAUUUUUGAGACUUUAUUAUGGCGCUCUAGAAACAAGUUGUGAAAUGGUUACUGAAAAGGUCCUGAUGAGUCAUAUGAAGGGCAAUCCAGUCAGUAAAUGUGUAUGUAUUUAAAGUAAAUAUUAUUCUAUUAUCUCUUACAAUAGUGAAUUUACUAAAUUAAAGUAUCUGUGAUUUUAUUUGAAUCUAGUAAAUUUGUUCACUUGUGAAAGUGAACAAGGUUAUUACAUUUUGACGAAUAAAAUUGCAGAUAUCUGCAGCGAAUUUCCUCAUUCGGAAUUUUAAUAAGUGGUACGUGAGAAAUAAUGUUUAAAAUAACUUUUUUGAUAUUAAAAUGAAUAUAUUGUCCUAGUUCUAAAGUCAUUAUAUCAACAGGAAUACGAGGUGUGUGAAUAAAAGUUUUGCAACUUUGUGGUACAUUUGAUAAACAUUCAUGUGUUGUUCAAACUUUAAGUAUUUCAUCAUUCUGUUUAAGAGAAUUAUUAUUAGUUAUUAUUAGCAAAACAUAGCGCCAAUUUUUUCUUAAAUAUUUCUCUCUCAUAAUGAUCAAUGUACAUUCGAUGAAUUAUUAUCAUACUUAUAACUCUUUUGAUUUAUAUUGAUGUAUCCUUAUCACUAUUUUAAUCUGUUAGUAUAUUUUCAAAUAAAACAUGUCACUAUAUUAAAAGAUAUUAUUACUAUAUAUAUACAUAAUAAAUUCUCGCUAAAUUUAAGCGGUUAGAAACUAAUAAUUGUUAUAAAGAUUCGAAUUACUAAAUUGUUUUAUUCAUUAUUGAUUGCCUUAAAUUUGGCAAUUCCUGUUUUCAUCGCAAAAGGACUCUAAUAUCACGUCGAAUUGGUAUUUUAUUCCUGCGAAAAAGCAUUAGGUCUGUUCUUUUCAGCUGAGCUUCUUGCACCAUUUAGCUUUCCUCUCUUUUAAUCCAACAAGUAAAUAAAAAAAGGAAAGAUGCACGGAGCAAGAAGUUCACAAAAGAACAAACCUAACCAUUAUUUCAGAAAGGUGUGCGUUCGAUGUAUUUUGAUGUCCGACUUCUCUCAGCACUUUACGACAACAUUUUUUUUUAGUUUUAACAUUAAUUGUUGAUUGGACUUUUCCCAUUUGAAAUUUUGUAUUAACAAAACGUAGCUAGACUUUGUAGGUAUCGUAAGUAUGGAUACAUUGAAGUGUAAAAUACAAUUGGGUCGUUGUUACGGUCGAAAACCUUAUCAAAAAUUGUCUACAAGACAAAAACAAAGAAUAAUUUCUAGAAUAGAGAUUAAUAAUAUAUCAAGUGAGAAAACUUCUGCAGUUAAUGAAAACUCUUAUAACCAAGACGUAUCUGAUGAAGUAAUAAAUAAUUCUUUUAAUAAUGACAUAUUAUUUGAAAAUAUUUCAAUAGAUGAAAAUAGUGACAAAGACAUUUCGAUAGACGAAAAUAAUGAAAAAGAUACAUCAAUAGAUCAAAAUUGUGAUAACUAUGAUAAUAAUUUGGAUGUACAUAAUCAUUAUAAUAAUAGAGAAAUAUUUAAGAAAAAAUUGGCGCAAUGUUUUGUUACAAAUAAUAUUUCUCUUAAACAGGGUGAUGAAAUACUUAAAGUUUUAAGAACGCAUGAAUGUUUAACAAAUCUACCACGAAGUUGCAAAACUCUUAUUCAUACACCUCGUAGUCCUGUUGAUAUAAAGACUUUAGAACCAGGACAAUAUGUUCAUUUUAAUAUCAAAAAAGUUAUUUUAGAAAUUAUUUCUCACAUACCACAUAGUAAAAUUCCUAAUGUUUUAUUAUUAGAUUUUAGUACAGAUGGAGUAAGUUUAUACAAAGCAUCAAAUGUGGUACUUUGGCCAAUACAUAUUCGAAUUAUUAACAUCCCUUUUAGUACACCUGCACUUGUUGGUCUUUACAAAGGUUACAAGAAGCCUAAUAAUGCUACAGCUUUUUUUCUACCAUUUAUUUCUGACAUUAAAAAAUUAUUAAGACAUAGAUUGAAAUUUAAUGAAAUGGUUAUAUCCAUUCAAUUGCGGUGUUUCGUAGCAGAUGCACCUGCUCGAGCAUUUAUUUUAAAUCAUGUUGGCCAUAAUGCAUUUUCACCUUGUUCAAAAUGUACUGUACAAGGACAAAAUAUCGGACAUCGCAUGGUUUUCCUUAAUAGUAAAUGUACUUUUAGAUCAGAUGACAAAUAUCGUAUGCUUGCUUAUAAAAAGCACAAUUUAGGCGAAACUCCGUUAUCGCAACUUCUAAAUGAUUUAAUAAAUCAGGUACCAUUUGAAAGUAUGCACUUAGUAUAUCUUGGAGUUGCAAAAAAAAUAUUAGUGGCACUUAUUACAGGUGAAUACAAUAAGAAAAUUAAACUAAAGUCAUCAGAAACAAAGUUAUUAUCCAGUCAUUUAGAAUUAAUACAAAAAUAUUGUCCUACUGAAUUUUCACGUCGACAAAGAAAUCUUACCGAAUAUGUUCGCUAUAAAGCUACUGAAUAUAGACAAUUUUUGUUAUAUACCGGCCCAGUUAUCUUUUAUAACUUAUUAGAUAAAUCAAUCUACUUACAUUUUCUGAUGUUAACUACUGCUAUUCGAAUUCUGAAUUUACCCAUACUUAGUGAACAGUUAUUAACAUUUGCCGACAUUGCAUUAAAAAAAUUCGUAGAAAGAUGUCCUUACAUUUAUGGAGUAAAAUUUAUGUCAUACAAUGUUCAUGGCUUAUUACACAUAACUGAAGAUGUACGACGUUAUGGACCAUUAGAUAGUUUUUCUGCUUUUGCAUAUGAAAAUGAAAUGUCGAAGUACAGAAAAUUAUGCAGAAAACCUGAUUUACUUUUGGAACAAAUUUUUAAUCGAAUGGAUGAACAAAAGAAAAACGAUGCGAAUCAUCAUUUAAAUGACCCUGAAAUUCUAAUUGCACGUAAAAAACAUUUCAACGGUCCGACAUAUUCAUCCGAAUUUGAGCAAUAUAAAACUAUUGAAGUAAAAAAUACAGUUUUUAGUACUUCAUUGAGAAAUAAUUGUUGCAUGUUACACGAUUUGUCAAUAUGUAUAAUUAUUAAUAUUUAAAAAAAAAACGAUACCAUAAUGUUUGCAAUAAAAAAAUUUAAAAAUACAACUAGUUUUUUUAAUAUUGGAAUACCUUCAUCAGAAAUUGGUUUUUUUCAAUGUAGUAAUUUAACUGAUGAAAUAUUUUUUGUGUCACUCCAAGAGGUUAAAUCUAAGUGUUUUCGAAUGCCUUUGCAACUAGUAAAUACUGAAACAAACAGUAAUAUUGCCAUUUUUCCUAAUAAUAUAAAUCAUAACGAUGACAUUCUCCUUCAAUCAAAGCAAUAUGUUGUAUGUACAAUGCAACAUUUUUUCUGAUGGAUAAAAUUUAUUAAAUUCAAAAUUUUUAAAUAUAUUUUGUCUUUAUAUUGUUAGACAUGGUCGCGACUCACUUUUCUUAUUUUUUUAAAAACAAGUAACUUUGUCUCACUUUAGAAAAAAAAGGUUCCAUAUAUUAUGUUUCUUACUUGUUUUCCGAAAUUUUUUAUUGACUUUUACUUUGUGAUUAAUAUUUUCAAUCUCAUAAAUUUAUUAUAAGACAGUACAUAAUAUAAUUAGUACAUAAUAGGUUAUUUCAUUUUUAACAUACAAUUUUCCAAGAAAACUUUCUUUUUUUACUCAUUUUUUUUAGAUAAACUUACUAUUCUCAUUUAUUUUUGAACCAUAAAACUCACUUUUCUCACAAUUUUUGAGCAACUGACUUGCGCCCAUGUCUGUAUUUUGAUUAAUUUGUAUGUU